UGUAACCUACAAUCAAUUACAGCUCAUCCCAAAAUGGCGAAGACUUUAUGUCAACAGUUUUUAAAUGUCUAAAACUUAUAAAGGGGUUCUCAUGUGCUUUAUGAAUAUCAUUUAAAUGGUAACUUGUUCGUAGAUUUUAGAAAUACUAAAAUGAUGGAAAAAAGAGUGAAGUUGAAGAAACUGAAUCCAGAGAUAACCUGUGGGCUGUGCAAAGGCUAUCUGGUGGAGGCAACAACUAUAACAGAGUGCCUUCACACCUUCUGUAGAAGUUGCCUGGUGAAGUUUCUGUUGGAGAACAAUACUUGUCCUCGGUGUGGAGAUCUUAUUCACCAGUCCCACCCUCUCAACUACAUCAGCCAUGAUCGAACAAUGCAAGACAUCGUUUAUAAGCUGGUACCAAAUCUACAAGAAAAUGAAAGGAAAAGACAAAUAGAGUUCUACAAGAAACGUGGGAUUCAAAUGCCAAAUGGAGAUGCGUAUGAAGAUGACAAGAAGAACAUGGAGAAGCCAGCAGUGCCUGUGGUGGAGAACCAGGACUACCAUCGGCUGGAUGAACAGGUGAACAUCUGCCUCGAGUGCAAGGAGAUGAACACGCUGAAGAGCCUGAAGAGGAAAGUACUGCGCCUCUCCGCGCAGGCUACAGUCACCCAUCUCAAGAAGUUUGUCUCCCUCAAGGUGUUUGACACUACGGACCGAUACAGAGAUAUAGACAUUUUAUGCAAUGAAGAGCUGCUUGGAAAGGACCACAUGUUGAAAUUCAUAAUUGCAACACGAGUGCACAUAAGUAAUGGACCUUUGUUACUUCACUACAGACGCAGGCUGGAGCUGUGCUGACAACAUUGAAAAUUAAGUCUUCCAUUCAACAGCAUGGGAUGUUACAAAACCGUAGUCAUGAACUUUCAAAAUCAUUGUUAAAACAUGAUUUCUUGUUUUCAACCAAAGUUCAUGUAUCAGUACUUAACGUCUUCGUCCAGAUCUUUUCUUGCUUUUAUGCAGAGUACAUUAUGUGUUUCACAUAUUCUUUGUAUUUAUUUAAAAUCUCUCAAGUGUCAUCAGUUUUAAAAGACUCCUACAUGUAACUUAACAUAAAGCAUAACUUAAAGCAUUCAAUGAUUUUACUUUUCUGAUUUUGACAUUGUGUCUUUUAAAAUAAUUGAUUUUCUACUUGCAAAUUUUAAAGACAUAAACUUCAAGACUAGGA